AUGACAAAGUGUGUUGGAUAUGGCUGCGGCAUCGAGGCUUCCCUGAAAGCUGCGCAAGCCGCACUGGAAGAAGUUUUGCCAGAGAUCAAGAAGGUGGAUGGCCUAGGCAGCGUGCAGCGCGUGGUCUGCGGCGGCUGCUUGGACUUCAAGGUUGUUGUGAAACUGCCGGCGGACAAGUUCGGUGACUGGGAGAAGACCAAGUUCGCACCAGAGGAGGCAUUUCUGGGCAAGCUCAAGGGCAUUGAGGGGAUUUCCAUCGUCGAGACGCAGACCUACACCCUGGAGGAGAUCUGA